AGCAGGUGCUUCCAGCAGAGAGGCAAUUAAAAACCAAAGCGGUGCGGAAGGCAGUGAUGUGUGUUAAUACAAGAGGAUUCUGUUUUUUCGUGGAAUAACGCACAACUGUGGGAAAAUAUUAUGUUCUGGGAACAAACAUAUUGUGUUAAAAUAAGUUCAGGAAGAACAUGAGAGGAGAAACGGCUGUGGAAAAUGGUGUUGAAGUGGUUGAACAUGGAGGAGCAGCAGCACCAACUUCACUCGGGAGUCGACCUAAUGUUGCAACUCUACAAAAUAUGCUGAAAAUGGCUUCUCGUGGCUCCCCUAAUCAUCACUACAGUAGAGGUGAGUGGUCAGAUACGGACAACCAGCACUUUGAACAGAAUGGAGUCCAAGAAGACUUUCCGUCAAGCCUUCAGAAUGAAAACUCUGCAGAUUUGAUCACAGAGAACCCUUUUUAUCCAUAUUACAAGGAAUCAACUAGCAACAUUAAUGGAAUGGAGGCUUCAGUACAAGCAGACGAUUCCAUCUCUGUACCCACUAUGAAAUUCCUAGGCUCACCUCAGGAACUUGGUUAUGGAAUUAAAGCCACGGAAAACGGAGCUAUGUUGUCUGAAUGUGUUAACGUGCCUCAGAGGUAUGACCCUAAGGACGAGCUCUUCAGACUGUCCUCUCUGAGGCUCAAUGGCACUGCCAAUGAGGAUUUUCAUGAUUUGGUUCAAACACAAAAGUUCUCUAAACCCAUACAGAGAAAUGGCUCAGACAUUGUCACAGAUGACGUGAAUGCUUUGUUUGGCUCAUCUAACAAAGGGAACGAUUUGAGCCGCUCUCCACAAGCCGUGGCACCAAACCCAUUUUAUAAAACUUUGGCCUCAGAAGCAGAUUUGUUUUCAAGGAACGGUGAGGACCUCUUCCAAGUGAAUGACACCCAAGACAAUGCACCCAACACAGACGGUAACAAGUCUUUUAAGGAAGGGUUUGACGUAUUUUCAUUGCCUACAAAUCCGGUGGAUCCAUUCCCAAGUCCGCUCCCAAGGAAUUUAUUCAACGUUCCCAGUUUGGAUGAUCCUUUUGGUCCAACUCCCUCCAAGACAAUGUCCUCUUCUCCUUUAACCAAUCGCCCAUCUGAGUUCAAGUUAGACACACCAGAGUCAACAGGUCUAGUAAAGAAAACUCCACCAAAAGUUCCUCCAGCUGUUCCACGAAAGCCUCAGAUCAAACCAAGAGAUCUUUUCACGACGCCUCAGGGAAGCAAAGAGGAAUUUCUUGAGCCAACCUCCUUCAGCCAGGCCAGCAGUUUGUCCUCCUCGCCCAGCAUUUCUCCAGCUGACAUCACUCACGUGCAAACUUUCAAACGGCCACCGAGACCCGUUCCUCGAACUCGACGCCCCAAAGCAGAGAAGCCACCAGCACCAGAGAGACCUCCACCCCCAGCACACUCUACUAAACUGGAACCAGAAGUACCUGAAGCGCACACUGCUAAGCCAGAACCGCCAAAACCUCCACCUAAACCAGUCCUCAAACCUCUUCCUAAACCAGUCCUUCCCCACAAACCAAAGAAACCGGAGAGCAAACCAUUGGAACCUGAUAACUUUGUGUUUGAGGAUGUCCUCCUGAUUGGACAGGAACACUGUGUGGAGGAUUGGCCUGAGGACAGUCCUGAGCUGGAUCCAGAUUUUAAGCCAUCUGGAACAUUUAAGCUACGAAGAGAGUCGAUGAAGGCCAAGAUGGAGUCAGAUGGAGGAAGCAGUGAAGAUCCUGAUGGUACCUUUGGUUACGUUAAGAAAAAGGACAGGAAACUGCGAAUGUCACUGCUGUCCAGAAGAAGCUCAAAGGACAAGUAUUCAGAUGAUUCCAUGGAGGGAAAGAGCAACAUGCUGCCCAGCCGACAAAAAACUCCCAAGGAGUUUGGUUCCAAUGACUAUAUUUCUACAGGAGAUGAUGAAGAUCAUUAUAGUUUGGACUAUAAAAAAAAAUCUACAAAGGCCAAAGUCAGUCACCUGUUUCGGAGAGCCUCCGAUGCUUCCUCUACGUACAGCGACAAGUAUUCACCUUCAAAGGACGGUGACCAUAAGAAAAGCAGCAAGAGGCAAAACACCAUUGUACGUCGACAGUCGGCGGACUCAGUGUUGGACGAAGAUUAUGAAGAUGGGGAGAAAGGUGGCCAUCGGCAGAGGAGGAAUAGCAAGGUGAAAAUCAAGUUUGUGCCACAAAGAGGAUUUGCCAUAUCAUUAGAAAAGCCACACGGUGAACCAAAAGGAGCUCAUGGUUAUACGUCUCGCAAGGGCUCAAAGGACAAAUCUGUUGAAGAAUUUGGAGCACAUGGCUACACACCUCGUGACAACCUCCAGGUAGAGAGCUAUUUCAGUUUCAACAACAACAACCUGCACAAACU